AUGCGAGUCGUCUCGCUCGAAUUUUACGGAUGGACAGUUGUUGGAUCGACCAUCGCAGCCUCCGCCGCAUCUACACCAUCAACCAUCAACCAUCAAAACUACAAACAUCUCGGUACACAGUUGUUGGAUCGACCAUCGCAGCCUCCGACGCAUCUACACCAACCAUCAAAACUACAAACAUCUCGGUACGACGGCCUCAGACCGCCCAACAUGCGCUGCGCUUCGAUAGCUACCGGCGUCUUGUGCCUCGUCUUCGUCUCCUCGGCCGCCGCCCAGCCGCCCAGGGACUCGCCUGCCGACGCGUGCUGCUGCUGCGACAUUCGCAGCAACCAGAUCAGCUGCGACAGAUCCGUUUCGAAGCAGGACUGUGCCUGUGCCGCCGUGGUAUGCCCUGCGAAUGCUCCGACCGUCUACAGGAACGGCCGGGCCCCUCCCACCUCUGCGGCCGGGGCGUUGAACGGUCCUCCCGCCCAGCGGACUCGCGCCCCCGUCCCGGAGAAGAAUGGCGUGCCCGACAUUGCGGGUGCCGAGUCCGGCUCCGGCUCCGGCUCCGGCUCCGGCUCCGACCAGGAUGCCGUUCGUCUCCCGCCGUUUCCUGCGGUCACCGCCGAGGCGUCCCGAGCUUUUCCUCCGCCUGCCAGGGUCAAGGCUGAGGGAUUCGUCACUGUCACGGUCUCCGCGACUGCUCGGGCCAAGCGGGUGCCUCUUGGCUGCGCUGCGCCGUCACCCGCCGCCGCCCGUCAGUUCCAGUGCUGCUGCUGCAAUCCUGGUAUCGGCAAGAUGGUCUGCAAGCUCCGCGAGCAACAGGACUGCGUCUGCGCGGCCGUCGUGUGCCCGGAGGGUGCUGAGACCAUCCAUGUCCAGCCUCCUGCGUGCACCGACGUGUAG